UAAACGGGUCAUGCUUUGGGCAGCAGUGCCAGAAGUCGUCCAGUCACUCAAAUUUGCACUCUGUGGAGUAAGUGGCUAUCGAAAUAUCUAUCGAUUGUCGCUACUCAUAUAAUCCAUUUUGUAAUGCGGACAAAAACCAAUGAUUUGCAAGAGAUCUAAAAACGACGUAUAAGCUAUUGAGUAUCACUAACAGAUUUCUGAACAGUAAUAAUGGAAGAUGUGACAGGCGCUCAGCUCAUUGCUGAGGCACUAAAAGCUCAGAAUGUAGAAUAUAUGUUUGGAAUAGUUGGUGUUCCAGUCAUUGAAGUGGCUAUGGCAGCUCAAGCCUCAGGAAUCAAGUAUGUGGGAAUGCGCAAUGAACAAGCUGCUUGCUAUGCUGCGUCUGCUGUUGGUUACCUCACUGGACGUCCAGGGGCGUGUCUGGUUGUGUCUGGACCGGGACUCAUUCAUGCUCUUGGUGGAAUGGCCAACGCUAACAUGAACUGCUGGCCUGUGAUUGUUAUAGGAGGCUCCUCCGAUCAAAACCAGGAGACCACUGGGGCGUUUCAAGAGUUUCCACAGGUGGAGGCGUGCCGACUGUACAGUAAGUUCUCAGCUCGGCCCAGCAGUCUGGAUAUGAUCUCCUCAGUGGUAGAGAAGGCAGUACGCACUAGCAUGUAUGGACGUCCCGGGGCUGUAUACGUAGACCUAUCUGGGGAUAUGGUCAAUGCUAAAGUGGACAGGAGCAGAGUCAGAGAGGUGCCCUGUUGUCCACCUCCUCCAGUGAGUAUGGCUGACCAUAUGGCGAUCACAGAAGCACUGGCUGUUCUAAAAGGAGCCAAACGGCCUUUACUCAUCAUUGGGAAAGGUGCAGCCCAUGGAAGAGCAGAGGGGGUUCUGAGGGAGCUGGUGGAGGGGUGUGGCCUGCCCUUCCUGCCCACCCCCAUGGGUAAAGGGGUGCUGCCUGACGACCACCCCAACUGUGUUGCUGCUGCCCGCUCCAGAGCUCUGCUCCAGUCUGAUGUUGUGGUCCUACUUGGUGCCAGGCUCAACUGGAUCCUGCACUUUGGCCUUCCCCCCCGGUUUGACCCCCAUGUAAAGGUAAUCCAGGUUGAUCUAUGUGCAGAGGAGAUGGGGAACAACAUGCAACCUGCUGCGGCUCUCCUAGGGGACGUCAAUGCUAUUGUCAAGCAGCUCCUAGAGUAUGUUCAUAAGGAUGGCUGGAAGUAUCCAGCUGAUACAGAAUGGUGGACCACAUUGAAAGAGAAGAUGGCUGCUAACGCAACAAUGACAAAGGCAUUAGCUCUUCAGUCAACAACACCCAUGAACUACUACCAAGUGUUCCACCACAUCUCCCAGCUGCUGCCCCACGACUGUGUCAUCGUAAGUGAGGGGGCCAACACCAUGGACAUUGGGCGUACCAUGUUGAACAACUACCUUCCUCGACACAGGUUGGAUGCUGGCACCUUUGGGACGAUGGGGGUGGGUCUGGGCUUUGCCAUCGCGGCUGCAACAGUGCAGAGGAACCAGAACACAGGCCAGAGGGUGGUGUGUGUGGAGGGGGACAGUGCCUUUGGAUUCUCUGGGAUGGAGGUAGAGACCAUGUGCAGGUAUAAACUCCCGGUGGUCAUCAUCGUGGUCAACAACAACGGGAUCUACAGCGGCGUGGAUGCAGAGACGUGGGAAAUGAUGGGGAAGAUGGGAGAUCUCACCACUGUAGCCCCCCCUGUGACCCUGCUGCCUGAAGCCCGCUAUGAUGAGGUCAUGAACGCCUUCGGAGGACGAGGGUUCCUGGUGCGGACAGAGGAGGAGCUGCGUAGUGCCUUACAGCUCAGCCUCAGUGACUGGGAGAGACCUAGUCUCCUCAACGUCCUCAUAGACCCCUCCUCAGACAGGAAGCAACAGGAGUUUCCAUGGCUAACUCGUUCCAACCUGUAGGCCAGUGAGGAAGACCUGCUUCCUUCUGCCAACUGAUGGACAAAUUGGGUACAUCCCAAAUGGCAACCUCUUCUCUAUAAGUUUCAUUCUCUAUGGGCUCUGUUAAAAGUAGUGCACUAAUUAGGGAAUAUG